AGUCUUAGCUGAACCGAUGACGUCAUGUGUGCACGGCUGCUCCUGUAUUUCGUAGCAACCUUGAAACCGCACUCUCGGGUACUCGCGCGGCAUUUUCAGCGCAGGUAGCGAAAAUUUUAUUUCAUCCGAUCGAUUCGCACAAUUAGGGCGAUUUUGAUUAUUUUAAGUGAAAUGCAUAAAUAACAAGUGUGCUCGAGGUUUAUCUACGGGUGUGUGCGACAGCUUCAUCUUGUCUUCGUAAGUUAAAGGUGGGUGCCGGGCGCCAUGGACGACCCGGACCUCUACGACGACAUCCUGGGCGGCACGCUGUCGACGGAGCGGCCGCGCUGUGUGGAGGUGCUGCUCGAGGUGGGCGUGCACCGGCGCGUGCUGCGUUUGCCCGAGAACACCAGCUCACCGCUGAGCGCCGUGCGCACGGCGGCCGCCCGCCUGCUCGGCUCCGACGCCGGCCUGCGGGACUCCCUCGGCUCCGAGCACCUGGUGUUCCAGCGGCGCAGCCUCAAGUUCGACACCUGGGUGGACAUGGUGGCAGUCGGCGAGCGGCCGGUCGCGGACGGCGAGCGGCUGCGCGCGCUGACCAAGAAGGUUCUGGAGGCCGGCGAGGUGAUGAGCAGUGACGGGGAGACGGUGCGGGACGCCAGUGACGCCGACCGGGGCCGGAGUGGGGACAGAAAACGGCGCCACAAGAAGCGGCGCCACGGGUCGCGCAGCCGGCGGCGGCGGCGGCGGCGGCACCACCGCAGCAGCAGCAGCGACUCCCGGUCACCCAGCGGCGACAGCGGCCGGGAGGGACGCCGCUCGAGCGGGAGCAGCCGCCGUCGGGAGCGGCGCCGACACUCGGGUCGCCACCGGCACCGGCGGAGCAGGAGCGUGUCUAGCGAGUCGGGCUCCGACCGCAGCCGCAGCAGUCGCCGCUCCAGCAGCGUCAGCAGCCGCGGCAAAAGCAGCAGUCGGAGGAACAGCAGCACCUCCAAGCGCCGCGGGCCGCCCUCUCCUCCAGUGAGCAGCGUCAAGCCGCGCGUCCCCCCUCCGCUGAAGGUGUCGGAGCAGGCGUGGCAGCACAUGGACCCCGAGUUUGCCAAGCAGCUGCGCGAGUACGAGCUGGACCAGGCGCGCCGCCAGGACAACGAGGAGCUCCGCAGACACCUCUCCGAGCUGGUGGAGAUCUCGGAUGGCGAUCUCUCCGUUUCGGACGACGAGCCGCCGCCGGCCUCGGGCGCCUCUGUGGUGGUCAGCGAGCUGGGGCAGCGGGUGCUCGACCGGCUGAAGAAACUCAGGGAGGAGUUCGGUGGAGGGGACCAGGCGCAGUCCUCCGCCGACAAGGAAUCAGACGAGGCGCCGGAGGAAAAACCUGAGCCAACGCUAUCUAAAGGGGGUCCGCUAUACGCCUCCUUCUUAAACCUGGAAAGCAAGCACCCGCCGAUGGCCCUGAACGAGUACUGCACCGCUCGCGAGUGGGAAGCGCCCGUCUUCCACCUUACGGAGAAGCCGAGCAACAGCAAGAAACAGAAGAUGUUCACGGCGGCGGUGCGUGUCAACAAGAGGAUGUACACGGUGCCCUUUCCUGUGGUGAGCAAGAAGGAAGGGAAGCGGCACGCCGCUCAGUACUGCCUGCAGAAGCUGGGUGUGCUGAAGGGUGGCGAAGUGUACAAGAGGAUGGAGGGUGAACAGGAUGUGAUCUAGGGUGGUUUCACAGGAUCGAUGUGCGCCAUCUGAGGUGGCGCCGUUGACGCUGGCCGUUAUUUCUGUGACAGCUGUACCAACGUCCUGUGCUGACGCUCGUUAGGCGGGUAUAUCAGCGACCGCGGCGUGUGUCAGCGAUGUAUAACAUGGUGUGUGCUUCACGUGUGUUAGGGUCUCGGUAAUGACUGUUGACGAUUCCAAUGUCCAACCAGGCGAGUGUGGUGCGGUUGUCGUCUAGAUUGGCGCGGCGCGGACGUUGCGGGCCUGGUGUUAUUGUCGGUGUUUGCCGUCUCCGACGAAUUAUUUGUGUUUGGUUAGGAGUGUGUUAGGAUGUAUGGAAUAUCGUCUAGUGAGACCUUUGGUGGAACGUUGCGCGAAGCAAAUCCAGCCCUUUACAACUUUUGCUUGGUGACUAUGUUUCUUUAGCGGAAUAAAGUGAGUCGUUUUGA